UGUGAAAAUACAAAGUGCUUUCAAAAUGAAAUCAAUAACAUUCACGUUGGUCGUGUGUAUUUUAUUUGUACCAAUUAGAUCGUAUAAAAUUUUGGGUGUUUAUCCGCUUCCAUCAAAAUCGCAUUUUUACAUCGGUCAUGCGUUAAUGGAAGGAUUAGCGAAAGACGGUCACGAUGUAACAGUUAUUUCACCAUUUAAUGUGUCGCAUCCGCAUGAGAAUUACCGACACAUUUUGCUCGAAACAUCUUAUGAAUUAUUUCAAAAAAAAUAUGCGAAAAACAAUUUCCUGGAUUUGAGUCGUUUAUACUUCUGGGAUAUGGUGUUAAAAUAUUAUCGUUUCGGUGUUCGUUUUACAAAUAUCACAUUUUCCAGUGCAAACUUUCAAAAGUUUCUUCGUACCGAGCAGCAUUUCGAUGUGAUCGUCAUUGAAUCGUGUCUUCAAGAUGCACUAUAUGCCUUAAGUCAACAUUUUCAAGCGCCGCUGAUUGUGACAACCGCCAGUGGCGCAACAAAAUUUUCAACCGAUCUAGUUGGUUCGCCAAAUUUUCCAUCUUAUAUUCCGCACAUCUACACCCAUUACACAGAUCGCAUGACAUUUUGGCAACGUAUAUACAAUUCGUUGUCAUUUUGGUUUGAAGAUUUGACGUUUCCCAUUUAUUUCGCACCAAAACAGCAAGAAAUCAUGGAGAAAUCAUUUACAAACGCCAAAAAUUGGCCAUCACUUGAAGAGAUCAAACGAAAUGUAUCAUUAGUGUUGUUAAAUACACAUGUAACUUAUGGCACACCCCGACCGUAUCCACAGAAUAUGAUUGAAGUUGGUGGCAUACAAAUUAAAUCGGAUGUUGAUCCAUUACCAGUAAAAAUUCAACAAUUUUUGGAUGAAGCAAAAGACGGCGUCAUUUAUCUUUCACUUGGUUCAAAUGUUUUACUUACAAAAUUGUCAAAACAUCAAAUAGAUGCCAUUUUAAAUGGAUUUUCUGCCUAUCCAAGCACAAGACUGCUUAUAAAAAGCGACAAACAUUUGAUUAUUCCAUCGCACAAGCAAUCGGAUGUGUUGGUCGAACCAUGGUUUCCGCAACAAUCAAUUUUGGCACAUAAAAGUGUCACGAUUUUCAUUUCACAUGGCGGGAUACUCAGCACAUCUGAAGCCGUUUAUUUUGGUAAGCCAGUGAUUGGGAUUUCAGUUUUCUUUGAUCAACACUCAAACAUGCAAAUCGCACAACAAAAGGGCCAUGGCAUUAGCAUUCCGAUUGAUACAUUAAAUGAGGACAACUUUAAAUCAGCCGUCAACACAAUUAUGAAAGACUCAAGUUAUAGGCACAAUGUGAGACUCUCUUCAGCCAGAUUUAGAGAUCAAUUGAAAUCACCACUUGAAACGGCAAUGCAUUGGGUUAAACAUGUGGCCAAAAAUAAGGGCGCUCCAUAUUUGAAAAGUGUUUCGGUUGAUUUACCAUUUUAUGUUCUCUACAAUUUGGAUGUAUGGGCUUUUAUUGGUGGUGGCUUUACAUUGAUUAUAUUUCUCAUUGUAAAACGUGUUAACUCGUUCAUAAAUAGUUUGAAAUUCAAACAUUUGAAUACCUCAGAGAAUAUCUUCAUUGAUAAACUAAAAGAGUUAUAAUAAAAUGACCAACCAAUCUAUAUUCUAAAACAAACAAAUCAUUAAAUUAAAUUAC